ACCCGCGGGCGGAGACUCCGGCCACAGGUGCCGCGCAGGGCACUGUGUCCCAGCCGUGGGUAUCAAAACUCUCGCGCUGGAAACUCAGGCUUCUGGGCUGCUCUCAACUCUCAAUUCCCGACACCAAGGCUCCCAGGCCGGAGAGUGGCGCCCUGGGGUCGCCCGAAGAGCGGGGCCGAGAGCCCCCGGGGUCAGACAGCGAAGUCCCUGGGCCUGUGGCAGGACAGGUCACCGCGGUGCCCGGGCCAGGCGGCGAGGACCCGGUGCCCUCUGCAGAGCAGGACGCGGAGACCCCCGAGCCAGCUAGCGAAGUCCUCCAGCCAUCGGCGGGGCAGGGCGCGGAGCUCCCGGGCCAUGCCCACCUGGGAGCUGUGAGACACCUGGGCCAGGCAGCGACGACUCGGAGCCAGCGAAGCGCCGCGGGUCCCGGGGCCGUGUACGAGUCAGGGUCCCGAGACCUCUUCCUUCGGGUUAGACUCGGAAGCUCCCCAGCAGCGUUUUCUACUGCGCCCGGAGACCCCCCCUACAGCCCCCAGAAUAGCCGCUCAUGGAGACGCCCAUCGAGCGCGAAAUCCGCCGCAGCUGCGAACGCGAGGAAAGCCUGCGCCGGAGGCGGGGACUGAGCCCAGGCCGCGCGGGCCGCGAACUCGUGGAGCUGCGCUUGCGGCCGGUGCUCAGCCUGCCAGGCCCGGGCCCCGCGCUCCCGCGUGCCUUGGAGCGCGCGCGGGCGGGCGCGCAGAUGCAGCGAGACAUCGAGCGGGAGGCUCACCGGCAGGCGGCGCUAGCGCGCCCCGCGCCCCCGGAACCGCGCCCCCGGCCGCCUCCGCAGCCGCUGGGCGAGCUCAAACGCUUCUUCGAGGCCGCGGGUGGGUGCGGCUCCUCGCCCGCAGCUGAGGACGACGCGGGCCCGCAGCGGCUGCGGGGGCCAGUAAGCCUGUCGCAUUUGUUCGUGCAGAGCCGGUGCCCGGUGCUGGCCGGCGCACCGCCGCCCAUCGCGCCGUCGCUGCUGGAGCAGGAGGUGCGCGAGGCGCAGGAGCGCGAGCGGGAGCUGCAGCGCCAGAGGCAUAGCGUCUAUGGCACCGCCGAGGUCAAGGAGCCCGCGCCGAGCCUAAUGGCGAUCAGGGGCGAUGGAAAGCUGGCGGUGAUCUGGCCUCCCCGCAGAAAGGCUUCCGAGAACGGCCUGGAGCAGGAGGAGCGGAAGCCUUGAGGUUAGAGCAGGCUGGGAUCCCAGCCGAAAGUAACAUGCCCGUCAGAGGACCCGGACAAGAGGAGCCCACGCGUGCUCUCGGGAUGAGCAGACGUCCCGAAGAGGGACCCGCGGUCUGCGCUAGGGAAGAUGAAGCCUACCAGCCCAUCCUUGAACUUCAUUUUGUGAAACUGAUUCGUUUCUGCUACAAAACUGUUAUUUUCCAUUGGCAAAUACCACUACAACAACCUGACCAAUGAAACGGUCCAGCCCUUCUCCACCCAACCGAAAACCGAGCGAGCCUCUCCCUCCGGCCUUGACUGGAGUCAUCGUCUCGGCUUCCUCAUUCCCAAUAAAGUCCCUUCUUGCUGGGCA